UCGAGGCUGCGGUGGCCGGGAGCCGCCACGCCGGCCCUGAGCAGGCAGAAUGUUUAUUUCCGUGUCGGGCACCGUGCUGGGUGCUCACUGAUGAUGAGCACAUGGAAGUCACCAAACUUGUGGACCAGAGUUCAGUGUCACAGGUGUGGAUCUUGCUCUAGCCUGGUCAUGGCUUCCAGCUUCUCCAAUCUGAGGCUUCAGAGGAGGAAAUGACUGUUCAGGGAUUUUGGUCCAGAUCGAUUACAGAAACUGAACCUUCAUAGGGUGCAGACUUUACCAAAGAUAGGAAAGUUUCUCUCUUUGAAGGGCUUUAAAUUUGCAACAAAGUAAAUAAAAAUGACGACUUCGUCUAUCAGACGGCAGAUGAAAAACAUUGUGAACAAUUACUCAGAGGCUGAAAUCAAAGUUCGGGAAGCCACUUCCAAUGACCCAUGGGGCCCAUCCAGUUCUCUGAUGACUGAGAUCGCCGACCUGACCUACAACGUGGUGGCCUUCUCGGAGAUCAUGAGCAUGGUGUGGAAGCGACUCAAUGACCAUGGCAAGAACUGGCGGCACGUGUACAAGGCGCUGACGCUGCUGGACUACCUCAUCAAGACAGGCUCUGAGCGCGUGGCCCAGCAAUGUCGCGAGAACAUCUUCGCCAUUCAGACCCUGAAGGACUUCCAGUACAUCGACCGUGAUGGCAAGGACCAGGGCAUCAACGUGCGUGAGAAGUCAAAGCAACUAGUGGCCCUUCUCAAGGAUGAGGAGCGGCUGAAGGCUGAGAGGGCCCAGGCUCUCAAAACCAAAGAGCGCAUGGCCCAGGUUGCCACCGGCAUGGGCAGCAACCAGAUCACCUUUGGGCGUGGCUCCAGCCAGCCCAACCUUUCCACCAGCUACUCGGAGCAGGAGUACGGCAAGGCUGGGGGCUCCCCAGCCUCCUACCAUGGCUCGCCCGAGGCCUCGCUGUGCCCCCAGCACCGCACAGGGGCUCCGCUGGGUCAGAGUGAGGAGCUGCAGCCACUGAGCCAGCGCCACCCCUUCCUGCCGCACCUGGGGCCGGCCUCCCGCCCAAAUGGCGACUGGUCCCAGCCCUGCCUCACUUGUGACCGCGCAGCCCGAGCCACCUCCCCCCGGGUGUCCUCUGAGCUGGAGCAAGCCCGGCCCCAGACUAGUGGAGAAGAGGAGCUUCAGCUGCAGCUGGCCCUUGCGAUGAGCAGAGAAGUGGCUGAACAGGAAGAACGUCUCAGGCGGGGUGAUGACCUCAGAUUACAGAUGGCCCUGGAAGAAAGCCGAAGAGACACAGUUAAAGUUCCAAAAAAGAAAGAGCAGACCACUCUGUUGGACUUAAUGGAUGCUCUCCCCAGCUCAGGCCCUGCAGCCCAGAAAGCGGAGCCCUGGGGUCCAUCGGCCUCGGCUAACCAGACCAACCCCUGGGGCGGGCCAGCAGCUCCCACCAGCACUUCGGACCCCUGGCCAUCAUUCGGUGCCAAGCCAGCUGCCUCUGUUGACCCAUGGGGGAUGCCCACUGGAGCCAGCUCACAGUCUGUCCCCAAGAGCUCAGACCCCUGGGCACCUUCGCAGCAGCCUGCCCCCAGUGCGGGGAAAACAACUGAUGCCUGGGGUGCAGUCUCAGCCACCAAGCCUGUGUCCGCCUCUGGGUCCUUUGAGCUCUUCAAUAAUUUGAAUGGUACAAUUAAAGAUGACUUUGCUGAAUUUGACAACCUCCGGACUUCAAAAAAAACAGCUGAGUCUGUGGCCUCCCUGCCAUCCCAAAACAACGGAACUACAAGCCCUGACCCCUUCGAGUCUCAACCCACGACCAUCAUCUCGAGCAAGCCCAGCAGUGCCCGGAAAACACCCGAGUCCUUCCUGGGCCCCAAUGCGGCCCUGGUGAACCUGGACUCGCUGGUGACCAGGCCCGCCCCGCCUGCCCAGUCCCUCAACCCUUUCCUGGCACCAGGUGCAGCUGCCACCUCGACCCCUGUCAACCCCUUCCAGGUGAACCAGCCCCAGCCACUGACGCUCAACCAGCUGCGGGGAAGCCCAGUCCUGGGGACCAGCACGUCCUUCGGGUCUGGCCCGGGGGUGGAACCCAUGGCUGUGGCCUCCAUGACCUCCACGGCCUCACACCCAGCUCUGGGGUCUGGCGGUUCCUCUUUGACACCACUAGGCCCCACGACAGUGAACAUGGUGGGCAGUGUGGGCAUCCCUCCAUCGGCAGCUCAGGCCACUGGCACAACCAACCCUUUCCUUCUCUAGUACCUGGGCUGGGAUCCACCCCAGAGCGAGUGCCCAGAGGACGCCGGGCAGGGACUCUCACCCGUGGGACGGGGUCUGAGAGUUGGGGGGGGGGUGUGAGGGCUUUUCAGUCUCAGCUUCCUGAUACCAGGGUUAUCUUGACAGCCCUGACCCUCGGCAGCACUCGGGGUGUGCCCGCCUUCCAAGGAGGCCUGGCCGCCCGACCCAGCCUGGCCCCUCGCUGCCUCCCCUCUAGCGCUCAGUCCCGGCAGGCUCCUCCGAAGCCUUGGGUGAGGAGGCAGAGUCGUCAGUGUUGCCCUUGCUCCGCCUGGUCCAAGGGGCUCCGGAACGUUGCCUGGCUCAGGACUUGGGCUGGUCGCCUCGUCGUUGCCCCUUCACCCCCCAGCCCUGGGGACAUCCCAGGCAGUCCCAGGUGCAGACUCCAGGAGGCACCAGCUCCACGAGACACUGACCUUUUGGGGAAGCGGUUGUGCAUAUUUUAUUUUUCUUUGACUCGUGUGUGAGUUCAAAGUAAACACCACCACCAUGGACAACUCUUGAAUUAAAUCCACUAGAGCGAGCUUUAAAACUAAUCUGAGCAUAACCCUGCCACGUGGCUCUAUGCUUGUAUACGUUUGCACAUAUUUUGUUUAGUACAGUUUCAUAUUUGAGUUUGCAGAAUUAUCUAAUAGUCUUUUUUUGGCUAAUAUUUUUAUAACGUGGUUCUUAUUUAACUGUCUAGUUUUGAUAGAAUUUACCAGGUCUGGCUGAAUUAAGAUAUUGGCACAUGUCAUUAUAGUGGUUUAAAUCCUCUUAUUUAUGGUUUUAACUCUGUAAGAAAAUUUUAAAAGGAAGAGAUGUUUGGAUUACAAAAAAAAAAUGCCUUAUGGAAAAACUAAAGCAAAUUCUUUAUAGAAAAAAAUAUGGAAAUUUGAUUACACAGAAAAGAUGAUGUUUAUUUAAAAACACACACACAACAGCAACAGAAAAUCCUAGCCUCCAGUUGCCUUUUCCUUUCUUUAACUCCCUUUUUGGUGAAUUACUAAACGAAUUGCUUUCAGCCUUUUUGGCUAGAUCCUGAGAGAGGCUAUUUUUCUUACUUAUAUACCAACAUCUUGAAAGUUAAAGAAAAAAAUCUAAUGUAUGAAUGUGACUCACCAGUUUUUAUCAACUAAUUCCUUCUGAAAGUUAAAGGCAUGCAGGGAUUAACAAGGACUCCUGUUUACAAUGGAAAUCUGACAUGGAAGAAAUGUCUAACCCUGUGUGUCUGUGAUCUCUUCUGUCUUAACCCAUGCUCAGGUGAAGAUGGGGAUGAUGUGGAAAUGGCAGUUGUCCUGAGGGCAGGGGAUGCUUCUGUGCCCACUGGUCCCUGGGGGAUAGUCCCCAGCCUGAGACGGGUGAGGGACCAGGGCUGGCCCUGACCCACCUACCUGCUAACUCCAGACACUAUUUUUAAGUUGCAGAUACAAAAAUAAUCCUCUCUUAUUUUGGAGGUGAAGAAAAGACUCAUUCUCACACGGGAUAGAUUUUUAACAAACAUGCACUAAUGUCACCUCCCUCUCCCAGCCUCCUGCUGCCCUCUCCAUACCCAUUAUAAGAGUAUUAUGUCACGCAUUAAAGACCAGAGAAGACUUGAUUCUCCCCAGGGAAGGGACAGUCCCCUCAUCCUGUGUCCAGGCAGCUUGCCUGGUGGGCAUUUCUGGCCUGCUUUCCACCAUUGGGACUCCUCACCCUGCUCCAAGGGCAGCCGACCACCGGCCAGCCCCUCUCUGGUUCCAGAGGGAAAUCUGACCAUUAGCACUGGCACAGGAGAGAUGUUAAGUGGCCUCUGGGCUGCCGGAAGGAUGUGUGGGCUCUGAGUGAGGACUGCCCACCCCCACACUGUUCCUGAGGCCGUCCUCUCCAGCCACCCUUCCACCAGACUGUAGGCCUGGGGCUGGGCCUCAGGCUCCCACUGCCACGCAGGAGGGCUGGGGGCUGGGGGAGCAGGGGGCAUGGAAGAGACACGGUGGGCCAUGGCAGCAGGACGCUGGCCCAGGAAGGUGCUUUCCCUCAAAUAGUGUGGGGCCUGGACCUGCCUUCUAGGUCAAUAGACCAGACUCGACUACUUGGGGUCAGUGAUGCUUUUCUAAUAGACAAGUCUUUCCUGAUAUGACUUUGAGGCCCCAGCAUGACUGCCACUGGGCCACCAGGGCCCAAGAAGACAGCCCUCCACCCCAUCUCCUGGUAUAGGCCAUCCCGAGUGCACGUUGUCCCUGCUGCCUGCUGCACUGAUCAUGAAGCCACUGGCCGCUGCCACGGGUGCUGCACACGUGCCAUCUGUGCUCCCUCCUGGUGGGCACCAUGGUAGGAGAAGUCACUCAGCUUUUCCUCAGUCCCAGGGGCCAGUGGCUGGUUUUGAAAUUAUGUUGACUGUUGACACUUAUUUACUGUAUAAAUAUAAUUUAUCAUUUGUAUCAUGA